CACGGGCAGUGGCUGCAGCAGGACCUUCCUGCACUCACUUCUUGUGGAGUUUGUCUCAGUAUGUGGCUGAUAGUGCAAACUGUUUUGAGUUUCCUGGUGCUGCAAUUCCUUAGGAGGUACUCAGCUGAUCCAGUUGCACUUGCUAUAUUAAAUACAGGCAUAAAUAGCAAAUUCAGUUGCUUAGUGUUAAGUUAAACUGAGUUGACUGAACCUGUUGAUAAAAUCGUAGGGCUUUGGUAGAUUCAAUCCUUAAAUUGCAUUUAUAGUAAAAGUCCACAGCACAUUUUUUUUUUUCUAGUUUCAGUUUUGGCACUAGAUUUUAUCCUGGAGUUCUUAAAUAUUCUUCAUCCUGUUCUUUUUCUAUUAAGGUUAAUGUUGAAGAAGGAAAAUGCGGAAGUCGCCAUUUGACAAGUUUUAUAAAUGAGAAUUAUUUGAAGCUCAGGAAUAAGUGAAGCUGAAAUUUGAAAAAAAAGAAAGUGAAUGCAUGCUAAUUAUCAGACCAGAAGUCCCACUUGUAGAAUAUUGAGCAAUUUGUGUGAAGUGGGGAAGAUGAAAGAAGUCAGAAUUUGAAACGGAAGAAUGAAGAAAAGGAAUAAAAAUGAAGUUAAGAUAAGAAGUAAUCUGGAAUCUGAAAGCACUACGCUAACCCAUAGGUAAACGAGGAAUUGUGUCCAAAUUAGGCUUUCAAUAUCUGCGUGCAGGAAUCCCGCUCUGCUUCCAGAAGCGGAAGUGCUCAUGGGUCUGGCAAGUCGGGGAGACACACCCCUGCAAGAUCUCGCUCUAAGGAGGAUUCCAGGCGCUCCAGGUCAAAAUCUAGAUCCAGGUCUGAAUCCAGAUCUAGAUCGAGGAGGAGUUCCCGCAGACACUACACGCGGUCCCGCUCCCGGUCCCGCUCCCACAGGAGAUCCAGGAGCAGGUCGUACAGUCGGGACUAUCGGCGCCGGCACAGCCACAGCCACUCCCCCAUGUCGACUCGGAGGCGUCACAUCGGAAACAGGGCAAAUCCUGACCCAAACUGUUGUCUCGGGGUGUUUGGGCUGAGCCUCUACACCACAGAAAGAGAUCUGAGAGAAGUGUUCUCCAAGUACGGGCCCAUUGCCGAUGUUUCCAUCGUGUACGAUCAGCAGUCCCGGCGGUCCAGGGGAUUCGCCUUCGUGUACUUCGAGAACGUGGAGGAUGCCAAGGAAGCAAAGGAACGUGCCAAUGGAAUGGAGCUGGAUGGAAGAAGGAUCCGGGUAGACUUCUCCAUAACAAAAAGACCUCACACGCCUACCCCUGGAAUCUACAUGGGAAGACCCACUUAUGGCAGCUCCCGACGACGAGAUUACUAUGACAGAGGGUACGACCGAGGGUACGACGACAGGGACUAUUACAGCAGGUCAUACAGAGGAGGAGGCGGCGGUGGAGGAGGAGGCUGGAGAGCUGUUCAGGACAGGGAUCAGUUUUACAGGAGGAGGUCACCAUCCCCAUACUACAGCCGAGGGGGCUACAGAUCCCGGUCCAGAUCCCGAUCCUACUCACCUCGUCGCUAUUAAAGCAUGACAUGGAAUUUCUAGCUACAGCCUUUGAGUUGAAAUUGCAAGUUUGUGGACAAUAUUUUUUUAUUGUCUCCUCUGUUUAACCAAGUGACAGUGCCUAGUGAAUUAGGUGACUUUGACACCUUUUAUGAGGACGACUUCUGUGGUGUUCAGUGCUGUUUUCAUCCUGCGUAUUUGUGUAGUUGGUGCUUUGUUUUCACUUGUGUUUUGAAAGGAGUAUGUUUUGCAUGUAUUUUUUUAGUCUCCAUUUUGACUCCUGAAGGGUUUCUAUUGUAAAGACAAAAACUGUGCAGUUAGUUUUUUCUACUGAUUCCAAGUUACUCCCAAGAUCCAAACCUGUGUAAAAUGCUUUCCGAAAGUGACAAAUAAAACAAAAACAAGUUGU